AUGGGUCCGACUAAUUCGGAAGUAGAGCAGACGGCCAACACCCAUACUGUCACCAAAGAUGAGGAAAGUGUUAUUGCAAACACCACGAAUCUGCCCCCAGACAAAGACCCCGAGGUGACCUUCGACACAGGCUUCCAAUCAUGGCUUCAAGUUUUAGGUUCUUUCUUCCUCUUCUUCAAUUCAUGGGGUGUUAUCAAUACAUGGGGUGCAUAUCAGACAUACUAUGAACAGGAUCUGUUGAGUGGCACUUCCUCAUCGACCAUAGCAUGGAUUGGAUCUCUCCAGUCUUUCCUCCUGAUGAUGAUCGGUGUCGUAACCGGCCCUCUAUUUGAUGCGGGAUAUUUCCGUGGUCUCAUUGGGUUUGCAGCUUUUAUGUUGCCCUUUGGUUUGAUGAUGACCAGUAUUUCCACCGCGUACUGGCAUCUUAUUCUCGCGCAAGGUGUCUGCGUUGGCCUUGCGGCUGGCUGUCUUUUUGUACCAUCGGUCGCCAUUUUACCGCAAUACUUCCAGCGCAAGAGAGGCCUUGCCAAUGGUCUUGCUGCCAGUGGGAGCAGUAUCGGCGGCGUGAUUUACCCCAUUAUGUUCCACAAGCUCCAGCAGGAAGUCGGCUUUGCCUGGGCUACUAGGGCUAUCGGCUUCAUCUGCUUCGGUACCAUCAUCCUCUCCCUUUCGAUUAUGCGUGUACGUUUCAAGCCCAAGGACAAGCGCAAGCUCUACCAAUUCUCGGCUUUCAAGGAGCUUGGCUUCUGUCUUUUUACUGUGGCCAUGUUCCUCGGAUUCUUGGGGUUCUAUAACUUCCUCUUCUACGUGCAAUCCUACGCCAUUGAGACCGGUAUCGUCGAUAGUAACCUGGGCUUCUACCUCAUCUCGAUGCUGAAUGCUGCCUCCACCUUCGGCCGUAUCGGCCCCAACUUCCUGGCUGACCACGUUGGUCCGCUCAACAUGCUCACACCUGCUGUGACAAUCACAUCAAUUCUGGCAUUUGUAUGGAUUGGUGUCCAUACCGUCCCGGGAAUUAUCAUCUUGGCCGGGGGAUUCGUUUCUCUCCCGCCCGUGGUCAUGGCCAGCAUGACCCCCGAUGUGCGCGACCUGGGAACACGCCUUGGAAUGAUGUUUGCCAUCGUCUCUUUCGGACUAUUGAUCGGGACUCCUAUCGGUGGUGCUAUCCUGAGCGAUACUAAUAAAUAUUUGGGAGUGCAACUAUUUACCGCUUGCUGCCUCGUCGCCUCAGCGGUACUCAUGGCCGCCUUGAGAUUCGUGCGCUCGGGUCCCCACCUCAAGGUAAAAGCCUGA